AUGGCGGCGCCGAAAGUUGUUCAGACGGCCGUGACGGACGAAGAGCACUUCAAGUCUCUCGUCUACGCGCCAGAGGAACCCCGACUGUUCGUAGUGGACGUUUUCACAGCCCCCUGGGGCCCGUGCAAAAUCAUGCUUCCUGCGUUUGCCAGCCUAGCGCCGUUGAUUGACGACUUCGAGGAGCGAUGCCAACUUCUCACAGCUGAUGCGGCACUGGUUCCCGAGCUAAACAAACAUAGUGCAACGUCCCGCCCUAAGUUUCUGUUCUACAAAGACGGCGCUCUCGUGAAAGAGAUUACUGGAGCCGACGCGCCUGCGGUCACGAAAGCCAUAUUCUCUCUGGUUCCAGAUGCUCCGAGACCCUCAUGA